AGUCGUGGCGCCAAUCGAAGAGCCUCUGAGGAAAGCGGGCGGAGGACGAGGUUCUGCAGGAGGGAGGUCCAGAGCAGUCUGGGAAGUGUAGUCCAGUGAGCUUAGCAGGAGACUCGUGGGGGGCGCCGGGGUUCCGGGAAGAGGCUGAGCUGGGUUGAAAAGAGACUGCGACUAUGCCUUUUAACUCUGUAGCUGGAGCACAAGAAGUGUUUGUUUAAUGAAUGACCUGUCCAUUUAGGACCUAUUUAGACCCUGAGGAUAACCCCGUGAAUUCUGACAGUUCACUGGGUCUGGCCCUUGGGGUUGAUCUCAUUAUGCUGCGGCGAAAACCAACCCGCCUGGAGCUGAAGCUUGAUGACAUCGAGGAGUUUGAGAGCAUUCGAAAGGACCUGGAGAACCGUAAGAAACAAAAGGAAGAAGUGGAUGUCGUAGGAAUCAGUGAUGGAGAAGGUGCCAUUGGGCUCAGCAGUGACCCCAAGAACCGGGAACAAAUGAUUAAUGAUCGAAUUGGUUAUAAACCUCAACCCAAGCCCAACAAUCGUUCAUCUCAAUUUGGAAGUUUUGAAUUUUAGAGGCAGAUUAUCUUGCAUGCCAGAGCCCUGGAAUGGAGUAAAAUCAUGGCAGAAGUACAAAUAAGGUUUAGAGAAUUGAGUGCUUGAAGUCAAGCAGAAUGUUUUACUCCUGCAGAGAAAUACUUCUGCAUGAGAUAACUAAUGCUUACCUUUCACUCUAAGUGGAAAUCCAAACUCUAGUUUAUCUCUGGAAAAUUUGACUCUAUAAAACUUGU